AUGGCUUUCAGACUUAUCAAAACUCCGCACUUCGAAACCUAUGACCGUAUCUCUCCGGCCAAGCUCCGCGAAGAGCUAAAGGGCAAGUCCGUAUUAAUCACCGGUUCGGGCUACGGAAUCGGAGCGGCAAUCGCUCGGUCCUUCGCUGAGGCGGGUGUCGACAAUAUCCACAUUUCAGGCCGAACAGAGAAGCCUCUCAAAGACACCGCUGAGGAGCUCGGAAAGGCUUUCCCGAACACUCAUGUCGGCUACCAUAUCGUAGAUAUAGUAUCCACUGACGAUGUCAAUAGGCUUUUCGAGGAAAUCAAAGAGCCUGUAGAUAUUCUAGUCAACAAUGCAGGCAUGAUGAACUCGGCUAUGAAUUUCAUCGACAUGAACAUCAAGGCCUGGUGGCGCACUCUGGAAGUCAAUGUUUUCGGAACAGCGCAAGUCAUUCAUACAUAUCUACGCCAGCGUCGCGAUGCAGCCGCCAAAGCCAGCAAUCCAUUGCCCCAAGCCGUGGUGAUUACCGUCAAUUCUGGGUCGGCGCUGUACUGGCCGAUCCCCAAUCAGACGGGCUAUGGACCAUCAAAGGCUGCACUGGCCCGCCUCACGGAGCUUCUACCACUCGAAUUUCCGGCCAGUGACGUACGAUUCGUCUCGCUCCAUCCUGGCUCCAUCGCAACGGGCAUGAUAGAGAAGCAGGACCCGGUAGCCAUCGGGCCCCUGUCAGAUAUCAAGUUGCCAGCUGACUUUGCGGUCUGGCUGACCAGCCGCGAGGCAGACUUCCUCGCGGGCCGUUUUGCGUGGGCAAAUUGGGAUGUAGAUGAGCUAGUUGGGAAGAAGCAAGAGAUCGCAGAAAAGGACUUGUUGAAGACGGACCUGAGGGAGGAAAGAUUAGAGCGAGGGUUCGUACCAGGAGAAAGCCAGUUCAAGUGA